AUGCUAAGCUCUCUGGUAGAGCUUUUCAAUGGGAAAGGAGGGUUGAUACAAGGUUUAAUACAUGGUGUAGACCGUUCUGGACUUGAUGUUGUGGCAUUGGAAGAUCCAAAGUUAGUUCUUCCACAGAGCACACAAUGGCAUGUAUUUGCAGCUUUUGGUACUUUAAAGGGUGGUCGAGCUGAUUGGCUUGUUGAGAAAUGCACAGAGCUGGGGGCUAGUAGUUUAACUCCUCUGCUAACAGAACGGUCUCCUACUGUCUCAGAAAAUCGGCUGAACAGGUUGAUAUCCCCAAAUGAUAAGAUUGAGUACUCCACUGAGAAAGAGGUUAAUGAACUGAUGCAAGCUGGUGCUAUCUCUGUUGGUCUUGGCCCUCAUCGAUUACGGGUUGAAACUGCAACUGUGGCUCUUCUGGCAACUCUCAUGUUGUGGUCUGAUUCUCAAAAAGCAUGUGAUACUUCAUCUCUUGGAUAA